AUGCAUGACAUAUGUCUCAACAUGCCACCAAUGGUUCAGAACUUCGACCCUGAGGACCUCUUCACAAGGCGUUGCAUGUGGGUGAAUGGACCUGUGAUAGUAGGUGCUGGUCCUUCAGGUCUUGCAGUGGCUGCAGGCCUCAAAGACCAAGGUGUUCCAUUCAUAAUCCUUGAGAGAGCAAACUGCAUUGCCUCUCUUUGGCAAAACCGCACCUAUGAUCGCCUCAAGCUUCACCUCCCCAAACAGUUCUGCCAGCUUCCAAACUUCCCUUUCCCUGAGGAUUUCCCUGAGUACCCCUCAAAGUUUCAGUUCAUAAGCUACCUUGAGUCCUAUGCCAAGCACUUUAACAUAACCCCUCAGUUCAAUGAAACAGUGCAGUCUGCAAAGUAUGAUGAGACCUUUGGCCUGUGGAGGGUCAAGACCAGGAGGAAAGGACCCUCCUCAGGUGCUGAGAUUGAGAUUGACUACAUUUGCAGGUGGCUUGUGGUUGCUACUGGUGAAAACUCAGAGAAAGUGGUGCCUGAGUUUGAAGGGCUGGGAGAGUUUGGUGGCCAUGUCAUGCAUGCUUGUGAUUAUAAAUCUGGGGUGGGUUUUGGUGGACAGAAAGUUCUUGUUGUUGGGUGUGGAAAUUCAGGAAUGGAAGUCUCACUUGAUCUAUGUAACCACAAUGCACAACCAUCAAUGGUGGUUAGAAGUUCGGUUCAUGUUUUGCCAAGAGAGAUUUUUGGGAAAUCUACUUUUGAAGUUGCAGUGAUGUUGAUGAAGAGGCUACCCCUUUGGAUGGUUGAUAAGAUAUUGCUGAUUCUGGCACGUUUGAUUUUGGGGAAUGUUGAAAAGUAUGGUUUGAAAAGGCCUUCAGUGGGUCCUUUGGAAUUCAAGCACACUGCAGGGAAGACCCCUGUGUUGGACAUUGGGGCCCUUGAGAAAAUUAGAUCUGGCAAAAUCAAAGUGGUUCCUGGAAUCAGAAGGUUCUUGCGAGGGAAAGUGGAACUUGUCGAUGGCCAAGUUCUUCAGAUUGAUUCUGUGGUUCUUGCCACUGGUUAUCACAGCAAUGUACCAUCAUGGUUAAAGUUGUUUUGUACCCUUGUGGCUGAGCCCCCCACAAAGGCUUCUGGCCCUAUUGAAAGACCAGGGAAGGAGAAUGAUUUCUUUUCCAAUGAUGGGACUCCAAGAAAUCCCUUUCCAAAUGGGUGGAAAGGGAAAGGUGGUCUUUAUGCUGUUGGAUUCACAAGGAGAGGCCUUUCUGGUGCUUCUUUGGAUGCAAUCAAUGUGGCUCAUGACAUUGCCAAGAGUUGGAAAGAGGAAACCAAACAGAAGAGGAAAACUGUGGCUGCACGCCACAGAAGAUGCAUAUCACACUUCUAA